AUGUCAGCACGCACCGGCGGCCCCGUCUCUCGCAAGGUGCGAGUUAGCAUCGUCGCCGCCGAUGGCCUCGUUAAGCGCGACGUCUUUCGUCUACCCGACCCAUUCGCCAUCGUCACUGUAGACGGCGAGCAGACUAACACCACGAGCGUCAUCAAAAAGACGCUCAACCCGUACUGGAACGACUCAUUCGAUGUCACAGUCACCGACUCGAGUGUCAUUGCUGUGCAGGUCUUCGACCAAAAGAAGUUCAAGAAGCAGCAUCAGGGUUUCUUGGGUGUCAUCAAUGUGCGAGUGGCAGAUGUACUCGAUCUCGAGCUCGGCGGCAAGAUCCUCCUCACAAGGGAACUUAAGAAGUCCAACAACGCUGAGGUCGUGCACGGCAAGCUGAUCGUCGACCUGAACACCGACACGUCGACUCGCAUCUCAAACAAUUCGUCAUCUGCUGCCGCUCCCGCAACGAGCUCUGCCAACUCAACGGCAGACACUUCUGCGAGCUCAUCGACUCCUUCUUCAGCCGCUCCUGCUACUGCAGCUGCAGCAGCUGCUUCUUCAUCGUCUGCCAACAUGCCCGCAUCUAACAGCACCGAAAGCAACGGCAAUGAUGGCGGUCGUUCUACCGCAGCUACGUCAGCUGCCCCUCGCCCACCCGCCGCCGCUGCCGGCAACCGUAGCGACGAGCAUGGCCCUCUGCCUGCUGGCUGGGAGCGCAGGACCGACCACCUCGGCCGCACCUACUACGUCGACCACAACACUCGAUCCACGACUUGGCAGCGCCCCACCGCAUCGACCAGCGCCAACCAAGCAAACGCAACGGCAGCAGAGCGCCAGCGAGUAAACAAUCGCACCCUCGCAGACGACAUGCUUGGCGUCGAUGGAGGAAGCCGAGUCGUAUCCCAGCCUCAGGGCACCACGACUGCAUCCACACCCGGCCCUUCAACGCCUUCAGGCACCUCUACCCCCUCUGCUCUGCCCGCAGGAGCGUCCGGUGCAUCCACCACAGCCGGCUCAGGGCCUCUCCCCGCUGGGUGGGAGCAGCGCAACACGCCCGAGGGUCGCCCAUACUUUGUUGACCACAACACUCGCACCACAACGUGGGUCGACCCUCGUCGUCAGCAGAUCCUCCGCAUCAUGGGUCCCAACAGCAACAACGUCACUGUCCAGCCUCAGAGCGUCUCGCAGCUCGGCCCCCUGCCCAGCGGCUGGGAGAUGCGCCUCACCUCGACGGCGCGCGUCUACUUUGUGGACCACAACACCAAGACAACGACGUGGGACGACCCGCGCUUGCCUUCGAGUUUGGACCAGAAUGUACCGCAGUACAAGCGCGACUUCCGUCGCAAGCUCAUCUACUUCCGCUCGCAACCCGCUCUUCGCCCCAUUCCUGGGCAAUGCCACGUCAAAGUUCGCCGCACGCACAUCUUCGAAGACUCGUACGCCGAGAUUAUGCGUCAGCAGCCCAACGAUCUCAAAAAGAGGCUGAUGAUCAAGUUCGAUGGAGAGGACGGUCUCGACUAUGGCGGUGUCUCGCGAGAAUUCUUCUUCCUACUCUCCCACGAGAUGUUCAACCCCUUCUACUGCCUCUUCGAGUACUCAGCCCACGACAACUACACGCUCCAAAUCAACCCGCACUCUGGCAUCAACCCCGAGCAUCUCAACUACUUCAAGUUCAUCGGCCGCAUCCUCGGCCUCGCCAUCUUCCACCGUCGCUUCCUCGACGCCUACUUCAUCGUCUCCUUCUACAAGAUGAUCCUCAAGAAGAAGAUCACGCUCAGCGACUUGGAGAGCGUGGACGCAGACUACCACCGCUCUCUGCAGUGGAUGCUCGACAACCCUAUCGAGGACGUGGUAGACGAGACCUUUACCGCCGUCGAGGACAAGUUCGGCGAGAUGGUCACCGUGGAGCUUCGCCCUGGCGGAGAGAACGAGGCUGUCACCGACGAGAACAAGCGCGAGUACGUCGACUUGAUGACCGAGUGGCGUAUCUCGAAGCGCGUAGAGGAGCAAUUCCGCGCUUUCCAAUCGGGCUUCACUGAGCUCAUCCCGCAAGACCUCAUCAACGUCUUCGACGAGCGUGAAUUGGAGCUCCUCAUCGGCGGUAUGAGCGAGAUCGACGUCGACGACUGGAAGCGCUUCACGGACUACCGAGGAUUCACCGAGCAGGACGAUGUAGUUCAAUGGUUCUGGCAGGUCGUCCGCGCUUUCCCUCCUGAGCGAAAGAGUCGCCUACUCCAGUUCACAACGGGCACGUCGAGGAUCCCGGUCAACGGGUUCAAGGACUUGCAGGGCAGUGAUGGUCCGCGUCGCUUUACGAUCGAAAAGGCUGGUGACCCCUCGCAGCUGCCCAAGUCGCACACUUGCUUCAACCGACUGGACCUGCCGCCCUACACCACCAUGGAGCAGCUGGAGCAGAAGCUGGUCAUUGCCGUCGAGGAGACCGUUGGGUUCGGGCAAGAGUAG